CCGAACUGAUAAUUUAUGCAUAGAAAAAGUGUUUUACUAAAAUGAGCUCGCGCGAUGACAUUGUAUAUAUACACGUGUUUAAGUAUGCCAGUUUGAUGAGGCCAUAAUUUUUUUUUCAACUUCUGCGAAAUACGCGUAUUCAUUUUGUACCCUUUUUUGGUUUAAUUUUCGCGCGGUUGUUAAGAGCACUUAGCAGUCUCCAAGGGGGGGUUGACUUUGGGGCUUCGCAUGAGCGGCGCAGUUCGUGCGGAGUUGGCGCAGGUGAGGCGCGUCUCGCAGAUAGCAUAGCCGUCCCCUCUUUGAAAUAUUUGUCACCAUCUGGUACCUACUAUCUGCUACCCACCAACUGCUGCACCCCCCCAACUCAAUAAUGGAAGCGAAGCCAACCGCGCCAAAGCAAAAUGUAGCCGUACUAAAGCACAUCCUAGACGCAAAGCUUUCUAAGGACAGUCAGUACAAUGACAGAAAAAUUAAGCACAACAAAAAUUCACUUAUUUUGAGUAAGCAGUUUUAUGGAAUAAUAGGAGGAAUCACAGCUGGAAUUUUAGGGGUCCAAGGCACUUACGGUUUUUUGUUAUUUUCCAUAUUUACUGUAAUAGGGACGUUGAUGACCUUCUCUCAUAUCAGAACUGACUUUAAGUCCUUUUUUAUGAAACCGUCUGACGUUUUAUGCCGCGACUUUUUCAGUGGAUUGAUAUCCUUCAUUUUAUUCUGGACCUUAUCCUACGAUCUAAUAUACAUUUUUUAAAGGCGCCCUUUUUUUGAAACCCCCUUGUAUUGUUGUCCCAACGUUGUGAAGAAAUAGAGUUAUAGCCCCACCGUGCCUUCCACACACCCGCUUUGCCACUGCCUGUGCUUCUCACCGUCAGAAGCAUGGACUUGGACCUAAACCUACAUGAGAAAUACUUCCUAAACACGAUAAGAGAAAAACUAGGAAACAAGUCUCCUAACAGCGGCGUAUCUAGUAAGUAUGAAUCCAUUUUCCUCAGCGGCAUUUUUUGGGUUCUAAGCGGGCUCACAAUUGUAAGGAAGAACAGAAAGAGCCUCGAUGAGGUGCUCGACAGGAAGGUAAUAGACGCCCUGUACUCCAUAGUAAUGCACUGUUUGGAGAAAAAAAAAAUUAAGAAAAAAUAUAUUUGCAAGUUAAAAAAGGAAAAGCACUUUUUAUCAAAUGAGGAUAUCGACCAAAUAGUUGGUGCGUCGAAAAGUGGCCCUAGCGGUUUGUACCCGGUGGUUUGUGCCAGGGGGGAACGCAGUGAAUUGCCAGCCCAGUGGGAAAAUGGCCCGCCUGGUCAUGGCCCCAUUGGAGGAAACUUACCCCCAAAGGAAAGUGAUAACGUUACAAAUGGAGGGAAGCCAUGUGACGGGUUAGGCUGCUUCAACUGCGUAGAUUGCGUAGAUGGCGUAGAUUGCGUAGACCGCUUAGACCGCUCAAACUGCGGAGGCGCCAAGGGGGGAGGAUCUAAACAGACGAGCGACGAAAAGGCAGUUUCAGCCGAGGAAGGGAAUGCCAAACGGGUAGGUACCCCAGAAUGUGCAAACGGAGUGGACGGGGGAGAGUCUAACAGAAGGGUGAAGCCGAUAAGUGUGGGAAAAAAGGAAAGAAAGAAAUUUCAUGUAAGGGGAUUCAGUCCAUGCAGCAAAAGCAGCCUAUACGAGGCGAACGUAAUAUCUACCCUAAGUGCCAUCCAAGUAUUAUUUCUGUUGAACAAAAUAAGUGAAGAAGAUAUAAGCACGAAGAUGAUUCUGGAGAUGUACAAUUUUGUGUAUUUCCUUUUUGAUGAGAAGAAAGGUUUUUACCACUUCUCCCUGAGCAGUGCAAAGCUUCAAUUCGAUGGCGACAUGCGUUUCAUGUUCUGUGCCUUAUCAGUUUUACAUUUUUUAUCUCUCCUGUUGAGGAAGAGAAAUGUUCCUAUCCGUUUGUAUAACGAUGACGAGAGGUGUGCCCACUGGAUAUUAACCUGUUUGAAUUUGGAUGGAGGUUUUUCAAAUACCCCUGGGUCAGAGUCACAUGCGGGCACGACAUUUUGUGCAAUCAAUUCUUUAAACCUUUUGACGGUCAGGGGUAGUGGUAACUACUUGUCAGAUAGCGGCCUCCUGCGGGGGAAACUUAUCAUAUGGCUCUGCGAUAGGUAUGACAACUUGGGCAUUAACGGACGUGUUGGAAAGGACCACGACGUCUGCUACGCGUGGUGGGUUUUGGGAAGUUUAGUGGCCCUGAAAACAAAUUUGACCGAACUGUUUAAUGUGCACAUUUUAAUUACCUUCAUUUUGAAAUGCCAAGAUAAACGGAAGGGGGGCUUUUCCAGAACGGAAAUUAAAAAUAAUAAUGGGGGUAGAAAUAAGCUCUUUAAUUUUUAUGAGGGGGAAAAUUUAUCCCACCAAGAAGCGGACCUCUUUCACAGCUUCUUCGCCCUCUGUGCUCUCUCACUUGUAUAUCACAAUUUUUGUCAUUAUAAAAAGAGGAGCAGAAGGAAGUUUCCCCUCUUUGGUGGGGAUGUAAUUCCUCAGCAGUUAGAGUCCACUCUCACCCAGAUGGUCGACGUGCAUGUGUCCUUCGCGAUGCCCGUUCGUAUGACAUGUUAG